AAUAAUUAUAUCUUUGCAUAUAUUUUCAAAAAUAAUUGCGAAUGAUAAGUAUAUUUUAGCGUAUUCUCUGACAACUAAUCGCGAAUGACUCAAUAUACCUUGUAUUGUAUUUAUUCGAACGUACAACUGCAAGAUGUGUGUCAGUCUUUGCUAAUGUUCCAUCGAGAACGUACGUAUAACAUUCUACUUUUCAAGAUUAACAAGCAACAAUAAAAAGGCAGAAAUGUGCGAACUAGAAACGUCACUACCAAUAGAAGAUUUUGAAGGACUUAUAAGACAAUCUCUUGGCUCUGGUUUAAAAAUAAAAAAUGUAACAUGGAAACAUUUAACUGAUCCAGGAGAAAAUUUUGGCAGUUUGAUAUUGGCUGUUACUGUCAAUACUAUAGAAAAUUUGUCUUCAAAGACGUUGAACGUAGUUGCAAAACUUCCGCCAAAAUCUGCAUAUCUUGUAGAUUUAUUUAAUAGUCCACUGACAUUUAAAAAAGAAUUAAAAUUUUAUAGUGACGUUGUCCCAGCUCUAAAGGAUAUUUACCAUUCGUCUAAUUUACAAGAGGAAGUAUUUGUACCGCGCUACUUUGGCGGAAGAUUAGGCUUAGAAAAUCCUGACAAAUUUGAUCUUCAGGCUGUUAUCAUUUUAGAAAAUCUUAAAUCCUCUGGUUACUCGGUUCAAGAUCGAAUUAUGGGAAUGGAUUUAGAACAUGUUAAACGUGCUGUUAAAGAAUUGGCAAAGUUACAUGCUAUGAUCAUUGGUUUAAAAAUAAAUAGACGAGAUUUCUUCGAAAACACUAUACUACCAGUUUUAGUAUCUCCAACUAAUGAAACUGCCGUAAAAUGUGUUAUGGAUAUGAUUCAUAAGGCACAUGAGGAUUUAAAACAUUUAGAAGAGGCUAAACCAUAUAUGGAAAGUGUCGAAGCUACAUUAAAAUCUAUGAACAUAGGUAAUGAAACUGAAAAAGAUGAUUUAUGGGCAACAAUAGUACAUAAAGAUUUUUGGGUCAACAAUAUGUUGUUUUGUCACGAUUCUUCUGGACAUAUAACUGAUAUGAAAAUAGUUGACUUUCAACUUUGUAUUUAUAGCUAUGGUGUAGAAGAUCUUAUAUUUUUUUUAAUAUCUAGUGCUAAGAAAGAAGUUAUUGAUAAUAACUUAGAUGAUAUGAUUGAUUUGUAUUAUGAUUCCUUUAUCGACGUUUUAAAAAUGUUAAAAGUAGACACAGAACAGUAUAGUAAAAGUAAAUUCCUGGAAUUGUUGAAUAAAUGUGCACCUAUGAAAUUUGCACAAUGCAUUAUGAUGGUGCAAGUAAUACAAGCUUCUCGUACUAGUCAUUCUGAGAUGAAAAAUAUGGAAAACGCUGCAGAAUUGUUUAAAAGAGAAACAAACGAUGUAGGCAAUAAGAAAUUGUUACAUAUAGUGCAGACAUUUGCAAAAAAAAAUUGGUUAUUAUGAUAAAAU